ACGCCCAUUUUCCUCAUCCACAAGGCGCACCUGACGCUGUCCCUCCUCAUCUCGGCGAAGGUCGUCCUCGUGUCCUCGGCUGCAUCGAUCUGUACUCCCCGCAUUAUUCAAGCUAAUGAAAGCGCACGAUGUUGAAAUUCCUGCUGCUGCUGCUGGCUUUAACGCUCGGGCUACGCUGCCGGGGUGUGGAAGGCAACGACAGGGUCGCCUCGACUGUGAUAGGUGCGCUUUUUCCGCCAAACUCGAACAUGCGCAACGUGUUCUCACGGGCUGUCUGGCUGAUGAACAACUGCCAGGUGAACCGAGAGCUUUGUGAAAAGCUCGCCCCCUGCGAUGACGACAUCAAUUGUCUGCUCUUUCACCGGCUCAAGAUCUCGGCACUCAUGCUCGAGACCGACCAAGAUCUGCUCAACAAUUACGCCAAGUUCGGUGAACUGGCGGGUCACAGGUCGUCGCACAAGACGCCGAAUUCGCACAAGAUGCUGGGCAACUACUAUGGACUCGCAGCAAUUUUUGGACCACAUCGAGGACUCGCCUCGAAGUACAUACAGGGUCUCUGCGACAUACACGACCUGCCGCAGAUCGUCAUUAGAAAGGAGUUUUACCACGACAGGCUCAUGUCGAUCAACCUCUAUCCCGACACGCAAACCCUCGGCAAUGUUUACGUGGAGAUGGUGAAGAAGAUGAACUGGACCUCUUUCACGGUCUUGUACGAACACGCGGAGGAUUUCAUAGCUUUGAACAAAUUGCUCGGAGUUGCCAAGAACCUCAAUACCACCGACUUUCCCAUAUUCGCCUUUCGGCUGGGCAGCGGACCGAAUUACAGUGAGCCACUACUACAGGCAAAGGAGAAGGACGCCAAGAGCAUCGUCAUCGACUGCUCGCACGAGAAGUUAUCGGAGAUCCUGAAGCAAAUUCAGGAGGUCGGCAUGAUGACCAACAACUAUCAGUACAUGAUAACGUCUUUGGAUCUCCAAACCGUCGACUUGCGACCCUACCAGUACUCGGGCGUCAACAUAACGGGCAUUCGAAUCCUGGACACAGAGGAUCCAUUCGUUCAGAAAGUCGUGGGUGAAAAUCUCGAGCAGUUCAACCUUCCAAGCAUCGACAAGAUGCUCACCCAGGAAGCUUUGAUGUUCGACGCUGUGGCUCUGUUCGCUCAGGCGUACAAGGACCUCAUCUACGGCUACAGAGAUCUCAAAGGGGUGGUGUUGAGCCAGAAGUACAGCGAACCCCAGCCUUGGAAACACGGGCUCAGUAUGCGCAAUUACCUUAUGUAUAAUACGAUAAACGGCUUGACGGGCCCAGUGAUGCUGGACUCUGACGGUAGUCGCAGGCGCUUCAAGCUGGACAUACUCAACCUCCACAAGACCGGCCUGAAGAAGGUCGGCAUCUGGAACCCCGACGACGGCUUCGACGACGUCAAUCUCCUGAACGAGCUGAAGCUCAAGCACUUCAACAUCCUCAUCACAAUGAACGCGCCGUACGCGAUGAAGGUGAACUUCUCGAAGAGCCUGGAGGGCAAUGACCGGUACGAGGGCUUCGUCAUCGACAUCAUCAAAGAACUCAGCGCGGAAAUCGGCUUCAACUACACCUUCCACGUGCAGGAGGACAAGCAGAACGGCAACUGUAACAAGACCAGCGAAUACGCCGCCUGUACCUGCACCGGCAUGAUGCACAAGAUUCUGACCGGUGCCAUGGACAUGGCCAUUACCGAUCUCACCAUCACCGAAGAACGCGCCGCCUGCGUCGACUUUUCCACCGCGUUCUGGAACCUGGGUAUGAGCAUCCUGUACAAGAAACCGAAGAAGGCUCCGCCGACGCUCUUCUCCUUCCUCUCACCCUUCGACAUGUGGGUCUGGAUCGGCCUAGUGGGGAUCUAUGCUCUUGUCUCGCUGCUGUUCUGGGUUCUCGGAAGACUAAGUCCAGCCGAGUGGACCAAUCCGAACCCUUGCAUCGAGGAGCCCACAGAACUGCAGAACCAGUUCACCCUGAACAACUCCUUCUGGUUCACUUUGGGAGCUAUUAUGCAGCAAGGUUCCGAGAUCGCACCCAUAUCGGUACCCUUGAGACUACUGUCCGGCUGCUGGUGGUUCUUCUGUCUGAUUUUCGUGUCGACCUACACUGCCAACCUGGCUGCUUUCCUGACGAUCGAGAAACCCGUCAAGGUCGUCAGAGGUAUCGAAGAUCUCUACAACCAGACGGCCAUCAAGUUCGGCGCCAAGAAGGAUGGAUCUACCUUCAUGUACUUCAAGAGCUCCAAGAACAUCAAGCACAGGCAACUGGCUGAGCAAAUGAUGACGAAGGAUUUCGAGAGAUACAUGGUGACGGAUACCGAGGACGGUAUCCGACUCGCCCAGGAAGAAAACUACGCGUUUAUUAUGGAGUCCUCGUCGAUCGAGUACAUCCAGUACCGGAAGUGCGAUUUGGAGCAGGCUGGACCUCUGAUCGAUCAGAAGUCGUUUGCCAUCGCGUACAAAAAGAAUUUUGAAUACCACCAGCAAAUCAGCAGAACCAUAUCCAUGCUACAGGAGAGGCUCGUCAUCAAGGAGUUGUACGACAAGUGGUGGAAGGAACGAGGCGCCAUCUGCUUUAACGAACCCUCCAGUACCGCAGAGGCCAUGAACCUCGACCAGCUUAACGGCGUCUUUCUGGUUCUGUUGAUCGGUGUCGUUAUAUCGCUUGGGCUUACCUUUUUCGAAUCGGCUCUAGGAAUCUUUGUGGUCUCAAAAAAAGAAAAGGUCAGUUACAUGCAAACCAUGAAGUCGGAAAUAAAACACAUCUGCAGUUCCAAAGCGACCAAACCUGUACUCAGAAGAGACAGAUCUUCCGACUGCAGUUUAUCCGAAGUCUCGUGUGACUACACAAUGACGACGCAGAUAUGACAGUCUAAUUUGACCCGCAAACACUUUCAGAGACUUCAUUAUGUGCCAAGUGAGAAGUAUGCCGCGUAUUUUGUUGAGUUUACGAUGAGACUACUGUUGCUGGAGUUUAUACUGGGCGAAUUUAACUUUGACAUUUGUAUUAUCGGGGCGUCGAAACCUGACGACGCUUAGAGAAUUUUGUACUGAAAACUUUGUACGUUUAUACGUUUUUUAAGCCUACAUUGUUUGAUGUUUGUUAAUAUUCAACGAGUAUUCGAGAAAAUCUUGAAUAAUCAUUAGAAACGUUGGAAAAUUGUGUUUAGUGUAUAAAUUAGUUUGGAUUUAAAUUAAGCAGAGAUUGACGUAAUAUUUCAAAUAUGCACGACGUAUUAAAGUAUACGAAUUCAAUACGUGAGAGCCACGCUAACGUCCACAGGCGUGUAAGCGUGUGCACUCUAAAACCUAAAAAUAAUGUAGGUACUGGUUUGCGAGCCGUUCACUCCCCCAUAGAUUUUCGCGCCUCUCUCUCUCUCUCUCUCUCUCUCUCUCUCUUCCAUCCACGCAGUUGGCGGCGGCUACAAGCCGAGGAGAAAGAAUAAAUAAACCGGAUCUCUUUAAAGCAUUUACGAGAGCAAUAAAAACGGCCGACGAAUCAUACACAACUGUAUAGCCAGGCACACAUCAGACUUUUCUCCGUUCGUGUUUGUUUGAGCAAAAUGUUUUAACUGCCGUGACACUCAUGCAAAUUGUAUUAUGGCUCGUUGCGCUAAUUUGUAAUAUAACAACGAUCGAACAGUCAAGUAUUCUAUUUUAUUGUAGAGAAAAAAACUUUCUUACUGUUUAUUGUAAUUAUCGUUUAAUGUACAUAUCUCAAAUAUACAAUAAAGGGUCGUUAUUUACAGAAAAAAGAUAACAAGCAAAAAUUGCACUUAUUUUACACGUGUACGUAUAGAUUGAGAGGAGGUUUUGACACCCGGUAAAGUCAUUUCGCGUUUAACGAUGACAAGCGUCGACGGGAUCAU